UUCCUACUUCUGCCGCUCCUAAAUGAAGACAGCACAGAAUCGUCCCACCUUUCUGAUUUAGAGCCUAUCACCUUCCAAGACAGAUGGUCUGUCAAAAACUGCGGGAUGCCUGCAGAGAACAUCAUAAUGAAGUAGCAAAUUGGUAGUGCCGCUACUGCCUAAUUGUCAGGAUCACAGCCAAUAGAGCCGCACUGUCCUUUUCCUGCUUCCUUAAUCGGGUCAGGAACAGCAGGGUGGACAUGGCUGGCCUCGUUAACAACCUGCUACUAUUGUUGCUGAUUUUUCACAACAGCUGUUUGGCUUUCAGAAGCCCACUUUCUGUCUUUAAAAGGUAUAAGGACACGGCUAGGUCACAUUCAAAUGAAUGUCUUGGCAGCAACAGACAGCUGGUUCCUCUAGGCAUAUCAGAUUUUGCACUGGACAUUCGCAUGCCAGGGGUGACUCCUACACAGUCUGAUACCUACUUCUGCAUGUCUUUGCGAUUGCCAGUGGAGGAGGAAGCCUAUGUAGUUGACUUCAAACCUCAUGCUAGCAUGGACACUGUGCACCAUAUGCUUCUGUUUGGGUGUAAUGAGCCUACUUCAGAUGAAGAUUACUGGGACUGUGAUGCAGGAACAUGCACAGAUACAUCCAAUAUUUUGUAUGCUUGGGCAAGAAAUGCCCCACCAACAAGACUGCCAAAAGGAGUUGGAUUCAAAGUUGGAGGAGAAAAGGCUAGCAAAUACUUUGUUCUCCAAGUACAUUAUGGCGAUAUUAGUGCAUUUAAAGAUAAACACAAAGACUGUUCUGGUGUAACUUUACAUCUGACGAAUCAAAAACAGCCUAUGAUUGCUGGCAUGUAUCUCAUGAUGUCCAUGGAUACUGUUAUACCUGCAGGCGAGAAAGUGGUUGAUGCUGAUAUUGCUUGCCAUUAUAAAAUGUACCCCAUGCACCUGUUUGCCUACAGAGUACACACUCAUCGAUUGGGUCAAGUAGUAAGUGGAUAUCGAGUUAGAGAUGGUCAGUGGACGCUCAUUGGCAGGCAGAGUCCUCAGUUGCCACAGGCAUUUUACCCUGUAGAAAACCCUGUAGAAGUCAAGUACGGAGAUACUCUGGCAGCAAGAUGUGUCUUUACUGGUGAAGGCAGAGCUUCAAAAACACGCAUAGGGAGCACGUCCAGUGAUGAAAUGUGCAAUUUCUACAUUAUGUAUUACAUAGAAGCCAAACAUGCAGUUUCAUUCAUGACCUGUACACAGAAUGUAAAUCCAGAGAUGUUCAGGAGCAUACCGCAAGAAGCAAAUAUUCCUAUUCCUGUCAAGUCUGAUAUGACCAUGAUGGCCCACGGGCAUCAUGAAGAAGCGAGAAAAGGACAGUUAAGUUCUGUAGUGCAGCAGCCAAAGAGAGAAGAUGAGGAAGUUUUGGAUCAGGGUGAUUUCUAUUCACUCAUUUCCAAGCUGCUAGGAGAAAGGGAAGAUGUUGUUCAUGUGCACAAGUAUAACCCUACAGAAAAGGCAGAAUCAGAUCUUGUAGCUGAGAUUGCUAAUGUAGUCCAGAAGAAGGAUCUUGGCUGGCCUGAUGCCAGAGAGGUUUCCAAUAACAAUGAAAGGGCCAAUGCAAUUCUUGUCAGAGACAGAAUUCACAAAUUUCACAGAUUAGAAUCCACCUUGAGGCCGCCAGAGAACAGGCAUCUUGCUUUGCAACAACCAAAACAUGGUGGAGUGAACUGGGAAAAAGAACGUACAGGAGACUUAACUAUAGAAGAAGUUGCUGACUGGCCUGGAAUAAACCUCAAAGUUGGCCAGGUUUCUGGGCUGGCCUUGGAUCCGAACAGUCACUUGGUGGUUUUCCACAGGGGUGAUCGUGUAUGGGAUGGAAACUCUUUUGACAAUAGAUACAUUUAUCAACAAAAAGGACUUGGACCCAUUGAAGAAAGCACUGUUCUUGUACUAGACCCUAGUAGUUCAGCUGUACUUCAUUCCACAGGAAAAAAUCUGUUUUAUUUACCGCAUGGUUUGAGUACAGAUAAAAACGGUAACUACUGGGUGACAGACGUAGCUCUUCAUCAGGUGUUCAAACUAGCACCCCGUGGUGUGGAAUCUCCUUUGUUGACUCUGGGAAGGGCUUUUCAACCUGGGAGUGACCAAAAUCACUUCUGCCAACCAACAGAUGUGGCUGUGGACCCAGCUACUGGCAACGUAUAUGUGUCCGAUGGAUACUGUAACAGUCGUGUUAUUCAGUUCUCUCCGAAUGGAAUAUUUAUUACACAGUGGGGAGAAGAAAGUUCUUUAGCACAAGCAAAACCUGGCCAGUUCCACAUCCCUCACAGCUUAACCAUGGUGUCUGAUUUCGGUCAGCUGUGUGUGGCAGACAGAGAAAAUGGUCGGAUCCAGUGUUUUAAACCGGAAACUGGGGAAUUUGUGAGAGAGAUCAGACAUCCGUUGUUUGGAAAAGAAGUAUUUGCAGUUUCUUAUGCUCCAGGGGGUCUGCUGUUUGCAGUUAAUGGAAAGCCUUACCCUGGAGACAUGGAGCCCCUGCAAGCAUUCAUGAUGAACUUUUCAACUGGCGAAAUCAUUGACACUUUCAUUCCACUUAGAAAGAACUUUGAGAUGCCACACGAUAUUGUUGCUUCUGAAGACGGCACAGUGUACAUUGGUGAUGCUCACGCCAACACAGUGUGGAAAUUUGCAUCCACAGAAAAAAUGGAGCAUCGGUCUGUUAAAAAAGCUGGGAUCGAAGUACAGGAAAUAAAAGAAGCAGAGGCUGUUAUAGAAGCCAGACUAACCAACAAACCCACGUCAACAGAAUUGCUCAAGAAAGAGGAGAAACAUCAUGUGAUCCAGCAGAGCAGCGCUGGAGUUUCUUUUGUUCUUAUUACAACACUUCUAAUUAUUCCUAUUGUUGUCCUCUUGGCAAUUGCAGUAUUUAUUCGAUGGAGAAAGUCAAGAGUCUAUGGAGCCGAUGCUGAACAUAAACCUGAAUCCAGCUCAGGUAGAAUCCUGGGCAGAUUUAGAGGGAAAGGUAGCGGAGGCCUUAACCUUGGAAACUUCUUUGCGAGUCGUGCAGGCUACAGUCGAAAAGGCUUCGACCGACUUAGUACUGAAGGGAGUGAUCAAGAAAAAGAUGAGGAUGACGCCACAGACUCAGAAGAGGAAGAGCCUGCUCCUCCACCUCCACCGAUACCUCCAUCUUCCUGAAACUGGCCUUUGGUUUCUAUCUUGUAUGAUUCUACAAAGAUUGCCAGAUUUAGCACGUUUUAAGAUUUUGUGUAUUUAAUUGUAAACCGUACUAGUCCUUUGUGAGGCUGUACACAUUUUUUUUCUUUCCCCCUUUCUUUCUCUCUGUUUGUUUUGUUUGCUUCAGUUUGGUUUUGGGGUGUGAACAUUUCAUAUGAGUGACAUUGUCUUCUAUGAACCUUUUAAUAAAGCAAAGCAAUCCUAUUUUAAUUGCAGUAAUAAUUUUAAAGUAGCAGUAUUUGCUCAUUUCAUUUGGGGACUUCCUCUAUAUUUGUAAAUAAGUCCCAGUCUCUGCUUUUAAGAAAAUAUUAUUUUUCUGUUUCCAGUUUUACUUUUGUGCCUUUUCACUUUCAAUGCCCUUAACCCUGCCACAGAACAGAAGGGACAUGGUAGGUGCCACAAAGAAACAAAACUGCCAAACCCUAUUUUUUAAACAGACAAGCAAAAUAUCACAAGCAUUCUCUCGCUUUAAGGGACAGAUUUUAAAAGCCUCGAUUUAAAACAUUUUCCCCCCUUCUUCUUCCUGACUUUGUGUUUCUGGGAUGUCUUAUUUUUAGAUGGUUAUACUGUUAGAACACUAUUUUCUGAAGCUGAAUGUAAUUUGUGUAAUAAAGUGUUCGCAGAGCAUUA